AGCCCUAAACCAACCCACUCCUUUUAUUCGUGCUGUCGUUUUUCUCUCGUCGCUUCCGCUUCUCACGGGGGCUCCUCCCAAGCUUCGCUUCUCGUCUCCAUGGCGACAGUUCCAGUUAACCCAAAACCUUUCUUGAACAAUUUGACUGGGAAGCCUGUAAUUGUGAAAUUGAAGUGGGGGAUGGAAUACAAAGGUUAUCUUGUCUCAGUAGAUUCCUAUAUGAACUUGCAGCUAGCCAACACUGAAGAAUUCAUUGAUGGGCAAUUCUCAGGAAAUCUUGGGGAGAUACUGAUAAGGUGCAACAAUGUGCUGUACCUCCGUGGAGUACCAGAGGAUGAAGAAAUUGCUGAAUGACAAUUACAUCCAGAAGCCACUUUUCUUUUUGCUGAUACCCAGAUGUCUAAAAAGCAGGAUAUGCAGCAGAUGUGGAUGUAGUUUUAACUCAGCACACAACGGAUCAUCACUUUUGUCCGUGCAUUAAAAGAAAAAGGGUGAAAUCAAAACAUGCUUGAUUGCUGCUUUAAUUAUGUAUCGAUAUUUUUUUAUGGUGGCAUGCUCAUCUAAAAUGCAUAGCCGUACUGCACUCCUUUCCCAUGCUUCAAUCAACAGGUCCUGGUUUGAACCA